AUGGAGAUGUGCUUUCCAGCAGAGAAGGAGACAGCCUCUUCUCGCAUCCCCUUCACCAUCCCCUGUUCUCAGCCUCUCUUCCUCUUCCUCCUUUCUGACCACGGCGUUGUCCGAACGGGAGAAGCUGCUGACAGAAAAUUUCACUUUGCCAGGAUACAGUUUUGUGAAUUCACGGCAGCCACCACGGAGAAAAUACAAGAACCCCCCUUGGGCCCUCCAUGUCCCUUUGAGGGGGCGUUCUGGACCCAGAGACCCACGAACAUCCCCCACCAGGGGUGUUUCACUUGCAUUUCCAAGCCCCCUGCCAUACAGCCAGCUUCGCCUGUCCUGUCUCCUUCUUCCGCUGUUUACCUUAUGGAGAACAAGAGCUGCAAAGGGGACAGCCUGCGGCCAGCGGUCCAGUGCAAGCACUCGGUGGAGAAGAAGACGAUGACGAACCCCACCACAGUGAUUGAGAUUUACCCAGACACCACCGAAGUGAAUGAUUACUAUCUCUGGUCCAUCUUCAACUUCGUAUACCUCAACUUCUGCUGUCUCGGUUUCAUCGCCUUGGCCUAUUCUCUGAAAGUCCGGGAUAAGAAACUUCUCAAUGACCUGAACGGAGCUGUUGAAGAUGCCAAGACAGCCCGGCUUUUCAAUAUCACCAGCUCAGCACUCGCCACCUUCUGCAUCAUCCUUGUCUUCAUCUUCCUGCGAUACCCGCUCACUGACUAUUAGAGCGAGGCCAGCAGCAGUUGCAGCCAAAAUGCCUCCGUGCCAGAAGUGUCUGCCGUUAUUUCCUGUAGCAAGGGCACAAACAAUGACCCAUCUUGAUUGCAAAAAAUACAAAUAAACCGAUAAAUAACUAAACCCAAGGGAGCAUACCUUCCCUGACCCCAGCUGGUAUGUGAACUUCUGUAGAAAAGGGUUUUACUUUUACAUUUUUACAGGAAAAUAUUUAUUUUUCGUGAUGAAGAAAAGCGUGCAACGAUGAUGAUGGGCAAAGCAGAGAACUUUGAUGCAUCUUGAGCCAACAGACCUAGCUAGGGACAACAACCACAGCAGCGGAGGAGAAGACACCAUCUAGAGAACACGGUGCCCUCCAUAACCCAAUGCUUCAAGUGAAGUGAUAUGACCAGCUCAAAUGGUGGGCUGCUCAGGGGAUGGAAACCAGUAGAUGACCUUACUGGGAGAGGGGACCUCCAGAUCUCCCAGGCAUCUCUCUGGAAGCAUGUGCACUGAUUAAAAGCUCGGGAGAGGGAGGAAAGAGUCCAGCAGCUGAGAGAAAAACCUGACAACCAAGACAGGGCUGAUUCAGAAGCUAUCAGAUGGUUCAGGCCACUAUUAAGCCCUCUUUCUU